AUGGCUCCCUCUACUUGUCGUCAAAAGCACUCCUCACCUGUAAUUGUUUCAGAGUUAGAGGCUGAUAGCAGUGAAGAUAAUGCCAAUGCAUCUGAGGCUGGUACCAAUGCUUCUGAUAUGGGUACUGAUACCCUAGAUGAUGACCUACCAAGUGAUGAAGAGGACUACAUAUCUCCGCCUCCAACCCAGAGGCGUGGUGGCAAUUACAACAAGAAGAAAUCCGAUAGUACUGCUGAUGCAACAAAAACUUGCAAGAGGGUUCCAAAGAGAUCCCCACAGGCUGAUAUAACGGAGCAUGAAGAUGAUGAGACACCAGCUGUGAGACGCAGUCCAACAAAGAAGGUCAGAACGGUUGUGCUGCCCAAGACCCCAACUCGCUCUACUCUUCCUCAAGCGCUGAAAACACCCUUUCAACCAAAGCCUAAGACUGUCAAGGAGGCAGCUGAGUCUACUGAUGAUGAGACUGAAGAGGAGGUCUCUGAUGACGAGCGGCCACCUCUGAAGCUCAAGCUAUCACACAACCCUGCCCGUCAACUUGUUUUUGAUCAAGCUGUUGAAAAUCACAAGCUUGAGAAGGUCAAGGAGUUGACAAAGAAGAAUAAAAAGCAGGGCAAACGCACAUCAGAUGAUCCCUUUUUGGAAACCGACAAGCAAGAGUUAGUUCUUGAUGAUCUUGAGCCCACUGAGAUUCCCCAAGUCCUAGACCUUGAUACCUAUCGAGGUCUUUCAAACCUUCCAAGCGGUCAAUGCAACAUUACAAGAACCUCAGCCGACUUCAUCGACCAGGAUGAGGACUGUCUUGCAGAGGGGUGGACCUUUGGAAACGGAGGUCUAGUCAAGUUUAUCACUGGCAUGAUGCAUGUACCAAAGGCCUUCAGGCCGAUCGUACUCCUCAUCACCUUUGGUAAACUUAUCGAAAAGAUGAUUGCCAAUAGGAUACAGUUUGACGCUGUCAAGCAUGAUAUCUUCCAUCCCAACCAACUUGGCAGCAUCCGCCAGAGGUCAACUGAGGAUGCUGGAUUGAUUCUGACUCAUCUCGUGCGAGCGGGGUGGGUUAAGGGUCUCCAGACUAGCGCGCUGGCUUUUGACAUCGUGCAGUUCUUCCCUUCUAUCAACCAUGAGAUGUUCAUGGCUGUACUUUGCAAGCAAGGGUUCUCACUGGUUCUGGUGGAAUUCUUUGCCUCCUAUCUUGUUGGUCGUUCCACAGUCUACUGCUGGAACACCUUCCAAUCCGACUCGCGGUCUGCGGACGUGGGUGUCAGGCAGGGCUCAGCUCUCUCACCUGUUAUUUCUGGGCUGUUCAUUGCUCCGGUAAUGAAGCUCUUCUACAUCAAAGCAGCGCUGCUCAACACGACGUUGCUUUCCUUUGUGGAUGACGGGACCAUUCUGGCCCAAUCCAAACAGCUUGAUGAUAAUAAUGUGGGCCUGCGUAAGGCCUACAAGAUUAUCUACCUUCUCUUUGUUGCUUUCGCACUCGUCCUUGAACACGACAAGACUGAGCUGUUUCACUUUUCACGUCGACGAGACACCUACAAUCCCUCACUGGAUUUGGGGUACGCCCUGCAUACCGGCGCUACACCUUUGAAGCCCAAGACCUAUUGGAGGUACCUGGGAUUCUACUGUGACCACGGGCUCACGUUUCAUGAGCACAUCCACUACUAUGCCACCAAGGCGUUCACCACCGUGCAGGCCACGCACAUGCUCAGAAACUCCACCAGAGGUCUCUCGUCUAAACAGCGCCGCCUCUUAUAUCGGUCAUGUGUGGUUCCCAUUGCCACAUACAGUUAUCGUCUCUGGUAUUUCGAUGGCGCCCGUAAUAAGGGCGGUCUUGAGGCCCUUGCUGGUCUCAUCCCCGUUCAUCUCAUGCUGAAGAAGCUGGUGACGCGCGCAGUGUAUCGCGUCGCUACCCUCUCAGACACUCACCCUCUUCGCUCCAUGAUGGGCGAGGGACUCCUUAAGCGAGCCGCACCACAUGCCCGCUCAGCCGCCUUGAUGACCCCAGCUAUGCAAGGGAAAGUCAAGAGCACCGUUAUGGAGGUGGACAAACGUGUCCACACCUUAACUGAGAGCUUCGAGCCCUUUGCGCCCGAAGCUCACCCAGGCGAUCAGUUACUGGACCGCUAUGCGGACCGUCUCCACUUUGAUGAGCACGAUCCUGCCCAGGAUAGGCGACCAUAUCUAGACGAGCUCAUCGCAAAAGCGAGGGCUGACCCACUAACAGUACUGGCUGCAACUGAUGGUUCCGUCCCUCAGUCCAAUCAGUAUCAGGCAGCUUUGGCUGCCAUCAUCUACAAGGGACAUUGUGAGCUCGAAAGGACUCGUUAUGUCUCUGGCAGAGUUACCGCCCCUGAUGCGGAACUCAAUGCCAUCUCGUGUGCAGUGCGCCUUGCUGUCAAGCAGGCAAACUGCCAACAUAUUAUGGUCUUUACUGACUCUAUGGGCUCAGCCCAUAAAGCGGUCGACCCUUCCGUGCACUCUGGUCAGGCUUUUAGCCUGUCAGUUUGCUGUGCUCUCCAAGAGUGGUUUGAGGCAGAUGACCUCCGCCGCAUCACCUUUAUCUAUGUUCCCUCUGCUUUGCGGUGGGAUAUCCAUGGUGAGGCACACAAGUACGUCACCGAACUCAAAGUCAGGGUUGGACGUCGCAAGACGGACAAUUCUAUAGACACGCUAUGCUCCCGAGCCGCGCACUCAGUCCUGGAUUCGUGGAGUUUCAUGUUCCAGGAUCCAACCUACCAAGGCUCUGAAUUCUUAGAGCUCCAACAGCCUGACAGGCAGCCGCUACCGCCAUCGUACCUCAAUGGGGGACCUUGGCUUUCAACCUUCGGACACAGUAUUACUGAGUUCGCCCGCGUUUGCCGGUGUAUAACUGGCCAUGCGCCCAUUGGAGCGUAUUACCGUCGCUUCAAGAUUAACGAGCCUCAUGGCUGCACUUGCAGGGCUGCUCUGCAGUCUCGCCAGCAUGUUCUCUUUCGCUGCCGCGAUAGAUAUUCUGUACACUAUCCCCCUUUUCUCAGGGAUAUUGCAUCAUUUAUGAAGUACAGCCCCACAGCGUUUGGCUUCAACCGGGACCCUUCAGGUGUCGGGUAA